UGUUGUUUUGUUUCCUCCCCCUGGGCAGGGCGGAGUAGUGGGUGACGUGGGUCCUCCUCAGCAGGGCGGAGUAGAGGGUGACGGCGGGCCUUCCUCAGCAUGACGCUCAAGACGUGGCUCUCAGGCAGUCACGGCACCUCCCACAAGCACAACAAGAGCACAGUUGACAUUCUGUCCUCCCAUGAUGUGCCUCACCCCCCUAAGCUGGGCCUCUCUAAGGGCCUCACCACGCUGCCUAAUGGGGACGUGACGCUCCGCCGGGGACUAAAGAACCCCUUCUCCACCCUGACGCGCACGGGCGGUCGGGAAUGGCGUGUACGUAGCGUGGAGGAUGUGGUGGAAGCUGAAGGAGGAGAUUACGGCUUUCUGGAGUAUUACUCUCUCAGAAGGACGUCGUCUCGAGAUACUACUCUGACGGACCCACGACCCACCCUCACCUACGGUACCUGGAGUCGUCUUAACGGCACGUGGGGGCGGUGGGUAGACCCGAGUCCCGCACAGUUCUACCCCGGCACCCUGACCCGCGAGGACAAGACUGACCGUAAACGAGGCGGCGGUGACCAUCGCUCCUGUACCUACCACCUGGAGGAUCCCUGGAGUCCUGAGGACAUGAGGACUUCCACCCCGCUCUCCUCCACCACUUCCUCCAUCCAGGACCUGCCAGCGCCCUCCAUAACUCAUUCUCAACAACCACAACAAACUGGGAGCGCUGCUGGAGAGACGACAAGACGUGGGAUAGUCAAGCGUAACUCACUCUUGUGGCGGCUAAGGCCCGACAGGUGGCGAGGGACAGAUUGUUCACUCCGUCGGGCUCGCAGCCGUGAUGAUGGACUCGACGUAAAUCGAGGACGUCGUAAGGGUGAUCUUGGAGCGUCUCAGCCUGACCUCUUGACCUCACACAGAGCUCCAGGUAAUCCGGUACAGUGUGACGUGGUGUCGUCCCCGGCGCCAUUGUCCAUCCUGCCUCCCACCACACGUCGCGCUGCUCACAGUGAGACACUUCCUCGUCGUUCUCGUCACUCCAGUAAAGAGAACAACACUAACACCUUGUUGGCCAGAGGACGUCGGUGGCUACAUGGGGCCAGCCUGGGCCGCGCUGACCGGGUCAUGGAGAGGGAGGAGUCGGAGCUGAUGGUGCAGCCAGAGACUAUGAUGACUCACAGGGUCGCCUCCACCAACAGCAUCAACACUGCCUGUAGGAAUAACCACAAGAAGGCCCUCAGCAGCUCUACAGUGUCGGGGCCUCACAUGUUCGGCAGCUUAGGGCGAGAGGCGGGGGAGAGUGACCUAUGGCGACGAGGACGAGCGAGAUCCAGACGGCCUCGCACCUUUUACCUGUUAGAAGACUACCUCUCCCCGGUACGGAGCGCAGGUGUGGCGCCCGCCGGGGUCGUGCUCGACGAGUACGUGGGUCAUGGUCCUCGACUCGUUUUUCGCGAACUUUCAAACGAAGCUCCUCAGCGUCCCCUGCCACCGACCCCAGAAUGGGACACGCCCUCUCUCUCCCCACCUUCUAGUGUGAUGAAUGGGCACCACCCCACUCCCCUACAGCACCACGGCCUUCACCACCACACGGGCGGCCCCAGCGUGUUUGUGGACGCCAUCAUACCCUCACCUGAGAAGAGCGGUGGGUCGAGUGUAUACUCCCCCGUGUUCUCCCCGCGUGACUCAGGCUACCCUCGCUUUGUCACCCCAGAACUGGCUCUCCCGGAACUCUCCCUCCCUGACCGGGCACCCCCGCCCAUCUCUGGCCUGCCCCCGCCCACACACGCUCUCUACACCCACAAUUACUGCAGUCUGGACCGAGAUGAACGCCGCCGGACCAAAGAAUCUCGCAAGAGUCCGGCCCACCACCAUCACCACAAAGACACCGCCUUACACAAGCUGGGCCGCACCAACACCACCACCCGACCACCGCUGUCCAGCAAGUUACGUCAGAACGGCCUCAUAACAGCUCAGAAACUACCAGUGUUGACCAAUAAGAGCAACUCCUCAUCUCGGGUGAACCUUCCCCACGAUAGCUCCUCCAGGACCGGCCACAACCAUACUGACAGCGAUACAGGAGGAGGAAGCGGUAGGAAUAGAGAAGGAGGAAGUGGAGGAGGAGGAGGAAGCACAGGAGGAGGCCAGGGUGGUGCUGGGUCUCUGCCAGUACUCAACAACAAUAAGGGCGAGAUCAGUAAUGACUCACCCAGACAGACGAGACUUAACUCCAGCAGUCAUAAGACCUCUGGUUAUACCCCCACCUCCACCAACACUCGACCCUCCAACACUAGCGACGGUCAUACUCUUCCUCUCUCCCCUCAAGAGGCGCUCAAGACCUACGGAGACCUUCUGACGGAGUAUGAGAGGCGAGAGAUCGAGGCUUACCCUGACGUGUACUAUGUGGGUGUUGACGCUCGCAAGAUACACGGGAGGAGGGGCCCAGCUCAACGGCGGCUAUGAUGACGAGAACGGCAGCUAUAAUAAGGUGAUGCAUGACCACAUCAGCUACAGGUACGAGAUCCUGGAGGUGAUCGGGAAAGGGUCGUUUGGUCAGGUGAUUCGGGCCAUCGACCACAAGUCAGGUGACCACGUGGCAAUCAAGAUCAUCAGG